ACAAAACUGAACACCAUCCAGCUCCUCCACUCAUUGCCAAUCGACCGAGCUCGGCAUUCAAAUGGCAUCUUCGCCAAUCCAAAGCCCGACCUCCCCUCCAGGCGGCUUCGACGAACGAGACUACCUCCUCCAAAACUUCACCUCAAUAGAACCCUGCGCCGACGGUGCCUCAUCCGCCGUAUCCAGAGCCAUCUCAAUCCUCCACUCCAUCCCCGUCGCGCUGAAGUUUACGUCACCCCACCCGCGGCCUCCGCACGAUUCGCUCCGUGAAGCUGAUAUAUUGGAGGAGUUGGCGGAGGAGAGGAAUGUUGUUGAACUACUCGACAAUUUCUACACGCACGCGAAUGGACCCGAGGAAUUCGUUAUCGCGUUCCCAUUCUAUCCCUACGAACUCGGUCACGCCGUCGCGUCCGGCUUGAUCUCACACUCCAGCCUACUCCUCCGCCGACAUCUCCGAGACAUCAAUUCCGCGAUCGCAUUCAUCCACUCCAAAUCCAUCAUCCACCGCGACAUCAAACCUUCCAACAUCCUCCUCUCCUCCCCGCACCCCUCAGGCGUCCCGCGACUCAUCGACUUUGGAUGUUCUUUCUCCCCCGAGUUCCCGGGGCCGAGCGAAUCACCCUCCAACCUAAUCACAGACGUCUGCACAGCCUACUACCGUCCCCCCGAACUCAUCUUCGGGCACAACUCCUAUGGUACAGAAUUGGAUCUCUGGUCCUGGGGCUGCACGAUCGCGACCCUCCUCUCCCCCACCUCGACACCUCUAUUCAACCCCGAAGUGGAGGAUAGCGACCUAGCCCUCCUCUCAACCCACUUCUGCACCCUCGGUACCCCAACCACCGAAUCCUGGCCCGAAUCCGCCUCCUUCCCACACUUCUCCCAUUUCAGCUUCGCGCACCAUGAAGGGAUUGGGAUUCGGGGAGCGAUGGGGGAGGGGGUGUGUGCGGAGGGUGUGGAUUUGGUGGGGAGGAUGGUUAGGUUUAGUCAGCGGGAGAGGAUGACGGCACAGGAGGCGACGAGGCAUCCGUUUUUUGGAGUGGAGGUGGGGUUGGGAUGCCGCCGGCAUCAACGUUAGGUUGAGUGGUGACGCGCGGUGGCGAGCUUCCGAGUCGUACGAGCGUCCGAGUUGAGAUACAGCUGGGCGUGUGGAGAUGUGGAUUGGUUGAUCUCACGGCGGGACAUAUAUCUGCCCUACACUAUGACACGAGCGUUGGAUAUGAUGAUACUGGGACACGUAUGAGCAGAUCUAGAUACGAGUUGAUGCUCCCUCGACACUGGCAUACUUAAAUAUACCCUCGAUAUCCUUUACCUUCCCCGUCCUCCCCUCUCCUCUUCCAAACGCCCAAACCCAACCAUCAUCUUGGGUAGCGAACCAUGAUCCUGGGAUACAUAUGAACAGAUCUGCGCCGGCGAGA